AUGGACGUCAAGUGCAAAGUGCUCGUGACGCGCCACAUUCCCUACGUCCUCGAGCAACUGGCCAAGAACCCGAGCCUCGUCGUGGACUGCUACGAGCAUGCCGACGUGGCCAUUCCGCCGGCAGAGCUUGUUGCCCGCGCGGCUGGCUGCACGGGCAUCCUUUGCAUGAUCACGGACAAGAUCACGCCGCAAGUGCUUGACAGCGCAGGGCCCUCGCUCAAGGUCGUGUCGACGAUCUCGGCGGGAUUCGACCACAUCGACGUCGCGGCCUGUCGGGCACGAGGUGUCGCUGUUGGCCAUACACCAGGCUGCUUGCACGUGUCAACGGCCGAACUGGCCGUGAGCUUGACCUUUGCCAUCAAGCGCCGGCUUCUCGAGAGCCACAAGAGUGCGAUUGCUGGCGAGUGGGGUGUCAUUCAAGUCUACCAAUUCUGCGGCUCGGACGUCUCGGGCUGCACUGUAGGCGUCGUGGGCCUUGGCGAAAUCGGCAUUGCGUACGCUCGCAUGCUCCAAAAUGGCUUUGGGUGUCGGAUCCUCUACAGCGGGCCAAGAGAGAAGACAGCGGCCGACUUGGGUGAUCUUCGCGCCACAUUCGUGGACCUCCCCACGCUUCUCUCAGAAAGCGACGUUGUGAGCUUGCACUGCCCGCUGACACCAGCGACGCCCCGGCGCCGUUCUCAUCAACACGGCACGCGGGACGUGGUCGACCAAGACGCGCUCGUGGCCGCGCUGCAGUCCAAGCCGAUAGCUGCAGCGCUCGACGUCACGUCGCCCGAGCCCCUUCCGCCCGCGCACCCCCUCUUCCACUUGCCCAACUGCAUUGUUGUGCCACACAUUGCGUCGGCGACGCUGCGGACGCGCCACGCCAUGUGCGACCGCGGUCUCGCCAACGUCCUUGCCGGUGUCGCGUCUCGCCCGCUCCCGACGCCAGUGCCGUAGUAAAGACAUAAUUCCUUGAUACUUUGAAACUUGCCAUCGUACAAGUGGCGCCG